AUGAAAUAUACCUUUAGUCAAGUCCUAGGACUUGUCGUUGUUUGUCUUAACGUUGCAAAUGCAGCAAACAAUAACCCAAGUAAGAACGCCCCAGCACACGGCAGGUAUCCGGAAACUGGUCGACGAGUUCAAAAAAAAUUCGAGUCAGCCGAAGGCCAAGAACAAAUAGAACAACAGCAACAACAACAACAAAUCAACAAUUAUCUGAUAGAAAAUUUAGACAAUAACUCUGAAGACAAAUUUGUCAACAAGUUUGUACUUACAGGGGAAUCCAAGAAUGACCAUCUCAUUCGUUGGGAUGAUGUCGAGGAGUUCCUUAACCGGAAAAAGAGAGAGGAUGACGACUCAACUGAAGAUAACACUGAGGCCCAAGGCGAUGACCAGACACUUCAAGCUGACAAUGAUACAAGUGAUGAAGCUGCAGAGAAUCCAGUAACUCCUGAGGAAAACGGCAACGAGGCUGCCUCCAAUGAUAAUACUGAUGCUGAAGAUGACUCUGCUGCGGCUGCUGAUGAGAACGGUGUCUCUGGAAAUGCAUUUGCCCAAGACCAAGGUCAAACAAAUGAAGAUGAUGCUGCCGAUGACGAAGCUGCCGAUGAUGAUACUUCCAAUGAUGGUUCUGCCGAUGAAGCUGAUUCUUACGAUGAAGCUGCGGAAGAUGAUGAUUCUGGCGAUGAUGACUCUGGCGAUGAUGACUCUGGCGAUGAUGACUCUGGCGAUGAUGACUCUGGUGACGAUGGUUCCAACGAUGACGGAUCCAGCGAUGAUUCCAGUGAUGAGGGUGCUAGCAACGACGACUCGGGUGAUGAUGACGGUUCUGGUGACGAUGAUUCUGGUGAUGAUUCGGGUGACGAUUCGGGUGACGAUUCGGGUGACGAUUCGGGUGACGAUUCGGGUGACGAUUCGGGUGAUGAUUCGGGUGACGAUUCUAGCAAUGACAAAGAUAGUGGGUCCUGGAAUACUCCCAAGUACACUAGCUAUUUAACAACUACUCGGAUCAUCUAUACUGUGCCCAAGAUUUUGACUUUCACUCAGCCUGGUGUCAGUACCACUUUCACAGUUACAACGACUCAGCAUAGUCCAACUACUGUUUACCAGCAGACUACUAUCACUAAAAAGCUUCGCCCUACUACUACAUCCACUUCUACAACUUCUAGCCAUACUACUACAACUACUAAUCCUACACAAACUACCACUACUACGACUCAUGCUAAGCCAACUACAUCUUUGAGUAGUUCAAAGUCCCGAUCUCAUACCAGAUCUUGGUCAACAACUACUACAACCAUCUUCCCCACUGUGACGACUAUCACUUACAGAACAUUUACCAUCACACCCUCAAGAAGCCGCUCGUUCAGCCGUUCGACUACCACUACUACCUCCACUCAUACAAAUAGAAUUACUAUCAGCACUCCAACUAGCUCCACUACAUCAACCACCAUUCGAUCUCGUACUCGCCCAUCAUCUUCUACUACUUCUUCUUCAAUUUCAAAGUCUUCUACUUCCACCAAGCCAACAAGCUCCUCCACAUGGACAACUGGAACUUCUUCUUCUUCAACUAGAACAACUCACAUACGUCCUAUCACAACCCAUCCUACUGCUAGUACUAGUAGCACUUCUACUUCCACUUCGAAGACAACUUCUACCACCACUGCUAAAACUACUUCUACUACUACGUCUAAGACUACUUCUACUACUACGUCUAAGACUACUGCUACCACUACUUCUACUACUACGUCUAAGACUACUGCUACCACUACUUCUAAGACUACUUCUAAAACUACUGCUACCACUACUGCUAAGACUACUACUACUAUUGCUACCACCAAGUCUACUUCUAGUGCCAGUACCACUAAGGCUUUUACUCAACCUCCAUCUGCUAAGAAUGGAACCGUUUCUACUGCUUCGAAGCCUGCCAUCGUUACUAAGGUUUGGAGUACUAUUGGUUUUACUUCAACCCCAGUGACCACCAGCACAAAGAUCAUUACUAAAGAUAAUACAAUCAAUUUGCCUGUUGCUAAGACUUCUACUUCCACUAAACCCAUUUCCAGCUCGAGCACUCGUCCGACCUCGAGUACCACUAGUGGAUCAGUUAAGAGUUCUGGUGCAAAGGCAACCCCUCUUGCUGGUAAAAACGAUACAGCAGCUGACUUCAAGUCUGUGCAACAAGUUCCUUCCGCUUCUGUCUUGACCAACUUUACCGUGACACCCACUUCUUUCCCUACUGUCAUUCCUUUGAACCAUAGACUUAACAAUACCGUUGCUCCUUUGGAAUCAGCUGUCACUAUUGCAACAGAGACUUCUAUUUAUGCAGAGACUUCUUCUGAGGACUGGAGUACAUACUUUAGCACUGAACUUCCUUCUAACAGUACUUUUGUAGUGUCUAGCACUGAGACUCCCGAGCCUUCUUUCAUUCAUAAUCCCCAUGUUAGACCUGCAACUUACUCAAUAGAGUCUACAGAGUCUACCAGUGAUGUCACAGAAACUACUACACCUUCUGAAACCUCCUCUUCUGAGACUUCUUCUUUUUCUGAAACCUCCUCUUCUGAAACUUCUUUUUCCGAAUCGAGCUCUUCUACUGAGACAACUGAGGCCUCUUCUGAAAUCACUUCAUCCUUAGACUCUAGUACUAGCGAAGCUUCUCCUUCCACAGAAGAAACGUCUUCUGAAGAUUCUACUCAAUUUUCUGAUACAAGACCUCGUACUACCAGAUAUUCAGACCCUGUUCUUUAUGAUCCUGCAGCUCAAACUUCUUUGACUUCUGAAUCGGUAUCCAGCUCAGCAUCUGCUGAUCAAACAUCUUCUACCAUUUUGUCUGAAUCAUCAACUAGUUUGUCAGAAUCUUCCACUACCUCUGGGUCUUCCGCUACCUCUGAGUCUUCCACAACCUCUGAAUCUUCUUCUACUUCUGAUGAAGCAACAAUUACACAUCAUACUCAUAGAAGAUACACCAGUCUUGAUGUUUAUCAAGACCCUAGCCCUACAGAUGUCACCAUCAGCAUAUCGACAACAUCAGCUGAAGAGUCAAGUUCUACUGAUUCAUCUAAUUUCACGUUGCCUCCCUACAACACACCUGUCACUGUUUAUACAGUAAAGAGCAGUAGCUCAUAUACUAGUGAAGAAAUAUCCUCUACAUCUAGUGGACCAAUCUUGCCUUCUGGUGUUCCAUUGGGAGAUGUACAGUAUCAAAAUGGAACUUUUACUCAAAGUGCAAACUAA